AUGAAGCAUCUUAACCAUGCCCUAAGUGUGGAAGAGAGGCUUAACUUGGUUUCCUUUAGUCUUAUCAGUGUGGUUAUGUUGUGCAAUUAUAAGGCUAGGUGCCUCAUAUUCAAGGGCUUUGGUGGUGGCAGGGAGUCCAUUUUGUCCGCCACAACAACCCCAUCUUCAGGGUUCAUCAGUGCUCCAUGCAUGGUCAUGGCAUGGGGUGGUAAGGUGUUGUUGGGACUUGGAAUGGUGAGGAUUGCCCAUACGUUGAUGGAAUGGCAAUGGUUAAAAGGGUCAAAAGAAAAAGGACCAAUCAAGGCAAGAAGAGCAAGCAAAGACAAGGGACCUACUGCACCAGCAUUGGACUUUUCCUAUCACAAUUUACCUUCACUCUCUCUGUCUCUGUGCCUUCCCAUUACCAGGGGCCAUGGCUACUAUUUCAAUCGCUUUGCCCUUUGCCAUCUGCCUCAAUGCUGA